AUGGAGAACAUCAAGACGCUGCUUAUUGCGGACCGCGGCGAGAUUGCUGUAGUCUACACGCCCGCCGACAGCAGCUCGCAGCACGUGCACGCCACCUCCUCCUCCACCGCGCUCCCGCUCAGCGCCAACGCCGCAUACACCGACACGGCGCAAAUCCUCGCACUCGCGCGCACCCACGGCGCCACGGCCAUAGCGCCGGGCUACGGCUUCCUGUCCGAGUCGGCCUCGUUCGCGCGCGCCGUCCACGCCGCCAACCUCACGUGGCUGGGCCCGUCCGCUUCCGCGAUCGAGACGUUCGGCGCGAAGCACGCGGCGCGCGCGUUCGCAGCGCGGUGCGGCGUGCCCGUCGUGCCGGGGUCGGGGGGGCUGGUGCGCGGGGCGCGCGAGGUGCGCGAGGUCGGGGAGCGGGUGGGCUGGCCCGUCGUGCUGAAGGCGAGUUGCGGGGGUGGAGGGAUGGGGCUCGCGGUGUGCGAGGGGGCGGGAGGGGUGGAGGGGGCGCUGGCGAGGGUGACGCGCUGCCCUGGUGGCAGUGAUGGCGGCGACGGUGUUGUGGUUGAGAAGUACGUCCCCCGUGCUCGCCAUGUCGAGGUGCAGGUGUUUGGCAACGGGAGGGGCGACGCAGUCCACUUCGGCGAGCGCGAGUGCAGCGUGCAGCGGCGGCACCAGAAGGUCGUCGAGGAGUGUCCGAGCCCGUUCGUGGUCGCGCGACCGGAGCUACGCUUGCGGGAGCGGCUCACGGACGCGGCGGUACGGCUGGCCAGGGCCGCGGAGUACGGGUCCGUGGGCACGGUGGAGUUUCUCGUCGACGAGGCGACAGGGGAUUUUUUCUUUCUGGAGAUGAACACGCGGCUGCAGGUCGAGCAUGGCGUCACCGAGCUGUGCUAUGGCGUCGAUCUCGUCGAGCUGAUGCUGCGGCAGGCGGAUGCGGAGGCGGCGGGGAGGGGCGGCCUGAGCGGGGAGGAGUUGGCGGCGCUGCAGAAGGAGGGGCCGGUCGGCGCGGCUGUCGAGGUUAGAGUCUAUGCUGAGAACCCCGUGAGGGACUUUGCGCCUGCGCCGGGGCUGCUGCAGUGUGUGCGGUGGGGGUCGCCCGAGGGCUUUCCUGGCACGCCGCGCAUCGACACUUGGGUCAAGACGGGGACGACCAUCACGCCGCACUACGACCCCCUAAUAGGCAAACUGCUGCACCACUCCCCCUCCCGCGCCACCACCAUCGCCGCCCUAACCCAAACCCUGCACACCACAACCCUCCACGGCCCACCCACCAACCUCUUCUUCCUCGCCUCCAUCCUGUCCUCGCCCGCCUUCCUCGCCGGCGCAACACCGACCUCGUUCCUCGCCUCCCUCCCCCCCUACACCCCGCACGCCAUCGACGUCCUCGCCGGCGGCGCCCUCACCACCGUGCAAGACCUGCCCGGCCGCCCGCGCACCGGCAACGGCAUCCCGCCCUCCGGCCCCAUGGACGGCCUAGCGCUGCAGCUCGCGAACCUGCUCGUGGGCAACUUGCGCGGGACCGCAGGGCUGGAGAUGACGCUCGCGGGGCCGACGCUGCGGGUGUGCGCGCCGGCGGUCGUGGUCGCGCUGUGCGGCGCCGACGCGGAGGCCGAGCUCGACGGCGCGCCCUUCCCGCCGUGGACGCGGCGCGUGCUGCGGCGCGGGCAGACGCUGCGGGUGGGCCGGGUUGGCGGCGGCGGCGGCUGUCGCGCGUACCUCGCUGUGCGGGGCGGCCUGCCCGGCGUGCCGCUGUACUGCGGCUCGCGGAGCACGGCGCCCGCGCUGGGCUUGGGCGGGUAUCAGGGGCGGGGGCUCGCGGCGGGGGAUCUGCUCGAGGUGAGCGGGGACGCGGGACCGACUGCCCACGAAGAAGAAGAAGAAGAAGAAGAAGAAGAAGACGUCAGCCUCCCCGAACGGCUCCGCCCGCUCUACGCCGCAGACUGGACGCUCGCGGCCCUGCCUGGCCCGCAUACGACGGGCUUCCUGACGCCGGCCGCCGGCGCCGCCCUCUUCGCCUCCCCCUUCACCGUCUCGCACAACGCGUCGCGCAGCGGGAUCCGGCUGGCCGUGCCGCCGUCCACACCACCAAUUCAAUGGGCGCGCGAGACGGGCGGCGACGGCGGCGCGCACCCCUCCAAUGUCGUCGAGUACGGGUACGCGGUUGGCGCGCUCAACUGGGCCGGCGACACGCCGUGCCUGUUUCCGGUCGACGGGCCGGAUUUUGGGGGGUUCGUGUCUGUGCUUACGGUUGUGGGCGCUGAACACUGGAAGAUGGGGCAGUUGCGGCCGGGGGACCGGGUGAGGUUUGUGCGGGUUGGGUUGGGCGAGGCGGGGAGGGCGAGGGAGGGGGUCGAGGCGUUUUUGGGGGGCGUGGAGGAUGCGCUGGGGAGGGGGGGUAAGGGGGAGGCGUUUGCGGGCGUGGAGGCGCUGCGGGUUGAUGCUGCUGAUGAUGGUGGUGUGCUGGCGCGCUCGACGGAGAAGGAGAAGGCAAUAGUGGCGCGCCUACCCGCAGGCCCCAACCAGCCCCGCGUCACGUACCGCCAAAGCGGCGACAGCGCGCUGCUCGUCUCCUACUCGGGCGGGCAGACCUUCUCACUGGCCCUGCGCGCACGGGUAGCGCUCCUGCGCACCUCCCUCUCCUCCCCCACCAGCACACCCCCGCACAUCCGCACCGCCCUCCUAAAGAGCACGCCCUGCUGCGCCUCGCUGCUCGUGCACUUCACCCCCCAGGCCCUCCCCCAGCACGCGCUCCUCGCGCACCUGCAGACGCUAGAAACCCGGCUCCGUGCCCUCGCCGCCCCCGCCCUGCCCACACGACAAAUAACCCUCCCGCUCGCCUUCGCCUCCCCCGCCAUCGACAAAGCAACAGCGCACUACGCGGCCACGCAGCGGGCGCACGCGCCCUUCCUGCCCAGCAACAGCGCGUACGUCGCGCGGUCGAACGGGCUGACUGAGCCCGCACUGCGGCAACAACUUUUAGCUACGACGCUGGUGGCCGUAGCGGUAGGGUUUUUCGCCGGGACGCCGGUGUGCCUGCCGCUGGACCCGCGGCACAGACUUCGGUGCGCGAAGAUGAGCCCGCCGCGCGUCGGGGGCACGCCGGCCGGGAGUCUGGGCUGGGGCGGGGGGUGUGCGGCGCUGUAUCCGGUCGAGGCGCCGGGCGGGUAUGCGUUGCUGGGGCGGACGGUGCCGGUGUUUGGAGCUUUUGGGGGGGAGGAGGGGGGAGCGAGCGAAGCGGGUGAAGCAGCAGCAGCGGCAAAAGUGGGUGAGGAAGGCGCGGCUCCAACCUUCCUCCUCCAGCCAGGCGACAUGCUCACGUUCCGCGAAGUCGGCUCCGCGGAGCUCGACGCGGCGCUCGCGCGCUUCCGGGCGGGCUUGUUCGUGCCUGAGGUGGUGGAGACGGUGUUCGACGUGCUAGCGCACGAGCGGUUGCUCGAGGAGACGGAGGCAGAGGCCGCUGCGAUACGGGCACGGCAGGCUGUCGCGGAGGCGGAGGUGGCGAGGGAGGAGGAGGCGAGUUUGGAGAUGGUGGAGGUCGACGCGCCCAUGGACGCGAAUGUCUGGAAGGUCGAGGUGGGGGUGGGGGAUGUGGUGAUGGCGGACCAGGUCAUCGCCGUCCUCGAAGCCAUGAAACUCGAGAUCGCGGUCCGCGUGCCCGAGAACCGCAAAAACACAGCCCUGGUUGAGCGGGUGCUGGUGCGGCCGGGGGAGAUGGUGCGCGCGGGGCAGCGGGUUGCGGUGCUGCGGCUGAGGGGGUAG